AUGUAUGUAUCUAUCUAUCUAUCUAUCUAUCUAUCUAUCUAUCUAUCUAGUCCCUUCAUAUAUAUCUAUUUCAUUCUCUUUGUAUCUAUAUCUACGAAUUUUAUUCUCUCUCUCUUUCUCUCGCUAUCUAUCUAUCUAUCUAUCUAUCUAUCUAUCUAUCUAUCUAUCUAUCUAUCUCCUUCUCUUUGUAUUUAUCUAUCUAGUUCAUUCACUUUGUAUCUAUCUAUUUCAUUGUCUGUAUCUUUCUAUCUAUCUAUCUAUCUAUCUAUCUAUCUAUCUAUCUAUCUAUCUAUCUAUCUAUUUCACUCUCUUCAUAUCUAUCUAUUUUUGUUCUCUUCAUAUAUAUCUAUAUAUCUAUUUCAUUCUCCUCAAAUCUCUAUCUAUCUAUUUCAUUCUCUUCAUAUCUAUGUAUCUAGCUAUCUGUCUAUUUCAUUCUCUUUGUAUCUAUCUAUUCCAUUCUCUUUCAGAUCUGUCUAUCCAUCUAUCGAUUUAUUUCUCUUUAUAUCUAUAUAUCUAUGA